UGACAUUUGGUGGCGUUUAGUCGUUCUGUGGUAGCAGAUAGCAGCAGUUCGAGAGCGAGGUCGAAGUCGCAAUCAAGAUCGAGGGAAAAGGAACUAUUGAUCGAUAGAUUGGGAGAGGGCGGUGAUAUGAACGGUAGGGAGGCGGGAGGAGGAGGGAAGGAGAUGGAGGAGGACAGGAAGGAGGUCAGGGGAGCGGCGGCAGAUGAUGAGAUGGUGAAGGAGGGGGAGGGAAGGGCGAAGGAGAAGUCGGUGCUGAUGUGGGGCUACCUUCCGGGAGUGUCGCCGCAUAGAUCGCCGCUUCUUUACCCUGUUGCCGUCCGAAUGCCGGAUUCAGCCACCGGAGACCGGUGGAUGGAUGUCAGCGGCGGCGGAUGCGGUUUCGCCAUGGCCAUUUCUGAGUCAGGCAAGCUCUUUACAUGGGGUUCAACAGAUGACAUGGGCCAAAGCUAUGUUACUUCAGGAAAACAUGAGGAGACACCGGAGGUAUUUCACCUUCCAACCGAGGUGCCCAUUGUCAAGGCAGCUGCAGGAUGGGCUCACUGUGUAGCAGUCACAGCUAAUGGAGAAGUCUAUACAUGGGGAUGGAAAGAGUGUGUGCCAACUGGGAGGAUUGUCAAAGAACAGUCUUACUCUGGAGGAACCUCAGAAAAAGAAGAAAGGCAUAGUGGAUCAUUGAGUGAUCAAGUGAGCCCUAGGUUGCAGGGCUCAAGAAUUGGUGGAGUUGUUUCAGAAUUUGAUACUGGAUGUGGUGAGAAGAAUAGUAAGCGGAGAAGGCUAUCUUCAGCUAAAGUGGAACAAGAAAACAAAUCAUCUAGUGAAGAAACUCUUUCAGCUCUUCCAUGUCUUGUAACUCUUGACACAGGAGUCCGUAUCGCGAGUGUGGCUGCUGGUGGACGCCAUACACUGGCAUUGUCUGUUUCAGAUGUAGGCCAGGUCUGGGGUUGGGGAUAUGGAGGGGAAGGGCAACUUGGUUUAGGAUCUCGUAUCCGGAAUGUGUCUUCUCCUCAUCCGAUACCUUGUGUAGAGUCAGCUUCUUUUAGUAGAGACCAACCAUCAGCAGCUACCCAAGGAAAACAAAGUCUAGAUGGACAGGCUUAUAAAUGCAUGGGAAGCUGUGUAAAGGCCAUUGCUUGUGGAGGUCGUCACAGUGCUGCAGUUACAGAUACAGGAGCUCUACUUACUUUUGGUUGGGGACUCUAUGGACAGUGUGGACAAGGAAGUACGAAUGACCAGCUGAGCCCAAAAUGUGUAUCAUCUCUAUUGGGUAUUAAGAUACAUGAAGUUGCUGCUGGCCUGUGGCAUACCAUCUGCACGUCUGUUGAUGGUGGUGUGUUUUCCUUUGGUGGGAAUCAAUUUGGGCAGCUAGGAACUGGUUCUGAUCAAGCUGAGACUCUUCCCAAGCUAUUGGAUGCUCCAUGUCUGGAAAACAAGAGCGCUAAACGGGUCUCUUGUGGAGCACGUCAUACUGCCGUGAUGACAGAACAUUUUAUUGCGAGCAUAGAUACUACUACCUGUGGUGUUGCAGGAGAUGGACAAGUAUUUUGCUGGGGAUGGAACAAAUAUGGUCAGCUUGGUUUAGGAGACGCAACCGACAGAAACAUUCCCUCUUUGGUUCCGAUCAACAACUAUCAACCUAAAAAUGUAUCUUGCGGUUGGUGGCAUACAUUGGUUCUAUCGGAAUCUCCAACGUGAAGCUCUACUGUUCCAAAAACACUUAUCACAAUUUUAUGUAAUUUAAGAUGGAUUCGGAUCGGACAAACAAGUUUUAUGUGAUGCAUAUGAUGUCAACAGAAUCAAUCAUUAUCAGAAAGCUAAACCCCAACUGCUCCCUUUUUGACGCUUCCACGGAUCAGGCAUGCAGUGGCGCGUCAUCCUGGAGUUCCUCCUAAUCCCACCCCCUCCCCCAACGACGGAGAGUUCUCCAGUGUAGAAAGAAUCUUUUGAUGCAACACUGUGUCGAUAGAUAAGAUCAAAUCAAACACUGCUGCAUUUGCAGUGGCAAUUCUUAUCAUUUUCAAUCUUUUAAUUUUUUAUUUUUUCUUGUUGA